AAUUCGAGCUCGUUAUUUAUUUAUUGGUCAGUGUGUGUGCCACGUAAACAGGGUUGCCAGAUUUCACUAAACACAUCUUUCGUUCCAUGGUUUAUACAGUGUAUUUUACAGUCUGUAGAGUUUCAGUAUUAAAUGACUUUAUUCACAAAUUUCCUGAACUGACGGAUUUGCUUUCAAAAGAAGUUUCCGUGCUUCAGACUGUUGGAUUAUAUAAAAAUGUCCAGCCUGAAAAAUGCGCGUUCACGUGGAGACUAAACCCGAGCAAAAGUGACAGUUCUACAAAUCAACACAAAGUGUAAUAAUAAACAGAUUCAUUCACAAGUUUUGUUCAUUUUUAGCUCCAAUGUGAUUUCACACAAAGGGUACAAAGCCUCAAUCUGGCAACCCUGUGUAUGAUAUCUACAAACCCUGACCGUGUUGUUGAGGAAUGAUGAAGAAAACUCGGUGAAGGAGUUUUUACAAGUCUUUUAAAGGCUGGUCUUUGUAUUUUUUUGUGAUGGAGCCCGUAAUGAACACUGAAGAAGGCAGAUGAGAAGAUUAAUAAUCUUUAACCUUUUAGUUCUUCAGUAUAAAAAGUAGCGGUGUGUUUGAUCUCCAGCUGCUGCAGAUGUGAUGAAGAUCAAAACGAAUCAGAAUCAAAUACAUGAUGGGAUUGAAAUAGAAACUUCCAUCAUCUCCAAAUGUGUUGGUGAAGCUGAACAGAAGGACAGAGAGGUCUGUUUUCCUUCAAUGAAAUGAAACCCUGCUGCUGAAUUAUUUUGCCACAAGGAAGCUGUGAAGCUCCUAAAGAUUAAAGCACAAUGGGUUGCUCUGCUGUAGUUGUGGCUGCUGCCGCAUCAUUUGUCGGUGGUCUGGUGUUCGGCUACGAACUGGGAAUCAUCUCUGGUGCUCUGCUGCAGCUGCAGGUCCAGUUCCAUCUGAGCUGUGUGCAGCAGGAGGCUGUGGUCAGUUCCCUCCUCAUUGGAGCCAUACUAGCUUCUGUUCUCGGCGGCUGGCUGAUCGACCGUCAUGGCAGGAGGACGUCUAUCUUGCUCAGUAACCUGCUCAUCAUUGUCGGGAGCCUCAUCCUGAGUGUUAGCGUCUCGUUUCUGAUGCUAAUCUUUGGCCGUCUCAUUGUGGGAUUCGCUAUGUGUGUGUCCUCAAUGUCCUGCUGCAUCCUUGUCUCUGAGACGGUUUCACCUGAACGCAGAGGUCUGAUGGUCACGCUGUAUGAAGUCGGUGUUACGGUUGGGAUAUUGUUUGCGUACGCAGUUAACUACAUCUUAUCUGGUGCUCCGUCAGGAUGGCGGUACAUGUUCGGGUUGGUUGUGGCACCGUUGCUUGUGCAGUUGUUUUUGCUUUGGGUUUUUCCUUCACAGCUCACACCAAGCUCACGGCUUCUGAAUGAGAGCGGCGAAGACGAGGCUUUUGGUGGAGCCCAAACACACAGGAAAGUGAACACACUAGUAAACCUGUUUCAGCGGCGUGAUAACAUGCGCACCAGAACCACAAUCGGACUCGGGCUGGUGGUGUUCCAGCAGUUCACGGGUCAGCCCAACGUGCUCCUCUACGCCUCCACCAUAUUCCAGUCUGUGGGAUUUAAGAGCGGCGCAUCUGCUGUGUUGGCGUCACUCGGACUCGGGGUCGUUAAAGUCAUUGCAACGUUAGCGGCGAUGUUUUGUGCGGAUAAAGUGGGACGUAGGCCGCUUCUGAUCGGUGGAUGCUCCAUCAUGGCUGUUGGAUUGAUGAUUAUUGGAUUUAUGAGCAGAUAUUCAGAGCUUGAUGCGUUGAGACACUGCAGCUCUCGUUUAAACGACACUCUGUUACCUGAGAUCAGAAACAACACGGCUAUCGACGGACGUCUGGAUGUCACUGCACUUCAUCACACAGGAAAGUUUAAUUGGAUCAUCUUGUUCUGCAUGAUGGCUGUUGUUGCCGCCUUCUCCAUGAGCUUCGGUCCAAUGACGUGGGUGGUGCUGAGUGAAAUUUUCCCAGCAGAUGUACGUGGACGAGCGUUCGCUUUCAGCAGCUGUUUUAACUGGACAGCCAACCUGAUGGUCACCUUCACCUUCCUCAAUGUCAUCGAUGUGAUGGGACUUUCCGGAGCGUUCAUGACGUACGGUGUCAUGGCUGUAGCAGCUGUGGUUUUUAUCCAUCUCCUUCUACCAGAGACCAAAGGCAAAGCGCUGCAGGACAUCGACAGGGAGCUGAGCGAAAGACGGUUUCCUCACAGAGCAGAAUUCUGCAGUGUUUUCCAGAGGAGACGUUUUUCACCCAGAUAUCAGAGAGUCUCCUGGACCAGUUCAUCACUGUAAACGUCAGUAGCAGGGAUGAGGACAAACGUCAAGUUUUACUGCAACCUAAAAACUAGGAGUGAAGAAGACAUGGAGCUGAGGAUCAUGUGGAAAUUCUGGGAGAAAACCUCGGACGUGAUCACGACGCAGCUUUGUUGGUCUCGAGCCAUUCACCAGCCAUUGAAUCGAU